UGGUCGGUGGCAUUCAAUUCCAUCAUUGCUGGAAGAGUGGCGUGGAGCUGGAUAUUUACAUACACAUGUGCAUGAGGGCGGUUUGUGCUGGGGUAGGGCACAUGGCCACAUGGUUAGCCGUGGAAGCGUAUUCUGCAGCCUGCCAGGACAAAGGAACAUCAGUGGGACCGUGGAGAGAGGACACUGUUUGCUCUCUCCAGUGUCCGGACCGCAGCAGCCCAACAGAUUGUGUUGACUCCAGCUCCAACUCAGGCCCUGCUCUGCUCCAGACUGGUUCUUCAGCACCCAGUUGUGCAGAAGGCUGCCAGUGCAGCAAUGGAAAUGUGUUGGAUGGAGGCGAGUGCGUACCUUACAGUCAAUGUGGCUGUGCUCUUCACGAUACAUACAUCAAGGUAAUCACAAGAUGAACAGACAAUAAUGCAACGCACAUUCUCUUGGGAAAAUCUGGGUUCACUGAUUAUCCACCUGGCCAAUUAACGUGGCCUGUACUUGGCAUUUUCCCCAAU